AUAUGUGUACAGAGUAAACUUUUAAACGCCCUGGAAGCUAUCGAGAAAUCUUUGAAACAGGAAAUCCAAGAUUUGAAGGAAAGACAACUCCGUACUGAACAAGAUGUCGAGCAAUUAAAACUUCGACAGCUCACAUUGUAUGAAAACGUCGCAAGAAAAACAGAAGAAGAACCACGAUAUAUUUUCAUGGCGCCAAAGCAAACCAAGUGGUUCAGCGGCCGAGAAUCCGAACUGGAUUUGCUUCGAGAUAUUCUAAUGAAUGACAAUGGGAGUAGUGAAGAGAAAGUAAUCAUAGCAGCCGUAUCUGGCCUAGGAGGAAACGGGAAAACAAGUCUUACUGCAGAAUAUAUACACAAAUGGAAAGAUUAUUACCAAGGAGGUGUCUAUUGGUUUUCUGGGGAAGACGAUGUCAAGUUGAAAGCCACCGUUGAUGAUAUAGCUGCGCAAUUCAACACACUUCAUGAAAAUUCACUUGAGGCUACAUUGUCCAAAACUUUGGCAGUAUUUUCGCGCAUUACAAAACCAUGGUUGAUGAUCAUAGAUGAUAUGGAUGAGUUUAUUCUUUCACAAAAUUUACUGAAAUUGGUAUCGGGAUCGUGGCAAUCAAACGUCGCCUGCUUUAGUCAUCUCAUCAUGACAACACGAAGAACGUCACAAGAGUUAAAAGAGCAUAUAUCUGAUUUCAAAGAAUCCAGGUGCCUCAACCUUGAAUGCUUUGGUUUAGAGGAGGCGAAGAAUUUCGUGUUCAAAAGGACAGAGACUGUUCGCGAUGAACAAACAGGUUAGCUUACAGUAUUUUUGUAUUCAAUUAAGUCAGCAGAAAGGAAUGGACACAUUUUUAGUGCAGUGUUGUGAUGGUGGCAGAAUUCAGAUAACCGAAUCAUAUAUUCACGGGGUCCACUAGGCUCAGAUUCCAGCCCAACGGCUGGAAUCUGAGCCUAAGGGUCCACGCGAUGGUAUUCGAAAUGUUUAGUUUGUGAAAUAAACGGAUUUCUGAAUUUUCCAACGUUUAACGAUGAUUAUUUUAGGUACAAUCGGGUGUUAUGCUCAAAUGAAAUUCUUAGGGUUACUAACUGAUAGUAACCUCACAUGGAAAUAUCAUAUAAGUCAUAUAGCUUGUAAAAUAAGCAAAUCAAUAUUAGGUAUUUUUGCUGGUAGAUUGAGACAUUUUGUUCUUACUAGUACUGUAAUAAUAAAUAAUAAAUACUUUAAUGGCGCUUCGGUGGCUCAGUCGUUAGACUGAGAACCGCUGAUAUCGUGGGUUCGAUUCUCGCUAUGGACUCAUGUGAAAGGGUCAUGCAGUCAACACUUUGUCGAAAGUCGUGGGUUUUCUCCGGGUGCUCUGCAUGGUUUCUUCCCACAUGGCAAGCUGGCUGGGUGGGUUGGGAUAAACACAGUUAGGAAGGUAAUAUCUCAGUUGUUGUAAAAAUGGGCUAAGUAUAAAGUAACAUAAAUAAUCGUAAUACUUGUGGUAAUCAUUCACUGAAUAGCCUCAAUGCAUAGGGAGUGAGCUGAAUAAUAAUGUAAUGUAAUUAAUAUUUAUAACAUUACAUUAUUAUUCAGCUCAGCUUAUAUUUAGGUGUCCUCAAUUAGUGGUUGUUGUUUAUACUGCUAUUUCAGAUUGACACAUUAAUAAAGGUUUUAUUGUUAUUAUUAAGUCUAUAAUUUUACCUUGAAUUUCGUGUGGUAGUGUUUUAUGGGGUCAAGCAGCGGAGAUUCAUGUUAAAAUCUUGAGGAUUCAAAACCAGCCGUUCGACUAAUAUAUUCUGGCGAAUAUUCAUCUCACGCAGUUUCUUUCUUUUUAUCCACUAAUACCUUACCCUCUCAAAUGCGUUACUUCAAACACAUAUCUACUUUAAUGCAUUGCAUAUCUAAUAAUUUAGUGCCAACAAAUAUUAAAUAUAUUUAAAAUACUCAUUAAAAAUUCAUAAACCUUGUGGCAAAUCAUGUCAGCCAUAACAUGUCACGUGGAGUGACUAUAUUAUAUCUGAUAAAACUCAUCUUCAUUAGCAUUCUUUAUAUAAUUGUUCGUCCUAAUUAGUAUGAUUAUAUAAUUGUUCAUCCUAAUUAGUAUUCUUUUGUAGUCGUAUUUUAAGCUAGUAAUUGUAUCAUGCGAGUUUGUUUACAAUUCUAUCAAAAAAGGUUAUGUGGAUGUUUCAAUUAUUAUCAAACUAUAUAAUUAAUAAAAAAUAUUAAUAGCCUCUGGAAAAGAUAGCUGACACUUGCAUGUUAUGUUUCCAAAAAUCUAUAACCUCAAAGGCUUAUAAUUGUUUACCAAAUUAAUUUCCAACACAAAAUUUCAUCAUUAAAUUAGAAAACCAAAAUUAUUACAAGGUUAAUAUACACAUUUACACAUUUUCGUGUUGACGUAUUUACAUAUAUCUUUCUAUUUGGUAUUUUCGUGUUACGUAUUGUAUUUCGUAUUUACGCAAGUUCGUAUUUGUGUAUUGCUGUAUUCAUGUAUUUUCCUGCUGACGUAAUAGAAUGUUCGUAUUUGUCGUAUGUACAUGUGUACAUAGUUUGUAUUACCCCAUAAUUUAGGAGACAAGAAUCCGUUAGCUAAAAAUUAGCUUCUGCUUGUCAUGUUUUCAUCAGCUAGCUUCAUGGUAACACGUAUAAUUUUAAUUCAAAUGCCAAUUAUUUUGUAUUAUUGAUUUUAUGUAUUAUAUUUUCUUUAAUAUAGACCUGAUUGCAGAUCUUCUAUUUGAGAAACUUGGUGGUUUACCGUUGGCGUUGGAACAAUCUUGUGCUUAUAUCAAGUACCUUAGGUGCACCCUAUCCGACUAUUUAGAAUCAUACAAUAAACAGUCUCUUCAACUUCUCAAAAACAAGAAAGCAAGUUCGCCUUGCAGCACAUCUGAAGACCGAUUAGCGGUUCAUACAACAUGGCUGCUGAACUUUGAACAUAUCAGGAAGAAUAAAAAUGGAAUGGUCGCCAUUCGGUUCCUCAACGCUACUGCGUUUAUGAAUCCCAAUGAAAUUCAAAAGGAACUUAUUAACGUUGGUGAACCCCAUGUUGAUGAUAAAGCAUAUUGUGACCAUGUGAGCUCUUCGUUAGGUUCUCUUGAAGUUCUGAGACUCCUGACUGAUUUUUCGCUCUUUAAGGAAACACGUGACUCUUCCCUAACAGUUCAUCGCUUAGUCCAAGAGGUCAUUCGAGAAAAUCUUGAGCCGGAAGAGAAAGUUGAAAGCAUUGUUGACGCAGCUCGUUUGUUGGGUUUUGCCUUCUUAAAUUGUCCUUCUCCAGAUGAACUUGUAGAAAGUGUAGUCUGCAGUGAAGACAAUGAUCGAUUUUCACUUCAUUCAACUGAUCCUUCGCGCUUCUACAAAUGGCGUAAGAUUUGUUUACAUGCGUAUGAGAUUAACAAGAAUCUCGAAAAGUUUCUAAAUAUCUUCUGUGAUGCAGAACAGAAAACGGUUUUUCUGCCAGAGGUAGCAAGAAUAGUCUAUGAAUGUGCCUUACAUUUGAAUGUGAAUAAUUAUACCAGUGAGGCAAAAACUGUUGCCGAAUUUGCUUAUCGUAUUCUUGACUGGGGUGACGCCAAGAUUUCGGAGGAAGGGUUAAAAGCUUUAUUUCCACAUAUUUUUCCUCUAACUGAAUCUUUUCGAAGGCUUAUUCAAUAUUCAUGUAAGGCUCCACUUGACACAAGCAAUCCUGGUACUUCUAAAACCUCUGUUAAUGAUUCCAGGAAAUCAGAAAUUGAAAAAAUGCGCUUGAAAGGUAACAAUCUUUUCAAGGAAAGUAAUUUCCAAGAAGCUAUAGAAAUAUAUUCCUCUUGUAUCGAUAUAAGCCAAGGAACAGAUUCCUUUGACCCUAGGUUGCUUAGCAACCGUGCUUCUGCUUAUCUCAGGUUAAAGCAGUUCAAUAAUGCCCUGAAGGAUGCUGAGGAAUACAUUACGUACUUUUCUGAGUGUUGGAGAGGUUAUGCUAAGAAAGCCUUGGCUCUUCAAGGCUUGAAUGAAAAGUGGAAUGCAGUAUGUGCCUCAGCUUUAGCAUUUUAUCAUAAUCGGAAUGUAUUUGAGCACUUUCCACCAUUUCAAACAUCAUUUCCUAAUGUAAAGCAAUCCAUUCAUGUCUGUGAUAACAUGUCUUCACUAAUUUCUUCCCUUGCUCAGCUGGCACACGGAAUUGUUUCUGAUAUACCGAGCAAAAUCAUUGUUCUCGAGCCGGGAAAGUACUAUCUCUCUACGGAGUGUUUUGACGGGCUUAGAACUGAUGAGGAUCAAUUCUUGGAGGAGAAAUGCUUGUGGACCGGUGGAGUUUGUCUUGUUGGGGUUGGUCAUAGCUCGUCUGAACCUGCUGUAACACUAUCCUUUGGUAGUAACUUUGGUUUAUUGGUCUCUCGAAAUUUCUACGCUGUUAACCUUUCUUUUAUAUUUAACUUUGGAAACUGGUUGUGUGCGCGUGAGUCCAUGGUCAUGCUUUUUAACUGUUCGUUCACCAGUAAUAUAAAUGAGCUUGCUUUUGUGUCACAGGGUAGUCUAAGUGUCAAGAAAUGUCAGUUUAUCAAUUGCAAAAGCACUGCUUUGUGCGCUGCUGGGAGCGCUGAGGUUGAAGACUCCGUUUUUUCAGGUAACAUGUCUGUUGGGUUGAAAGUUGUUGAACCUGGGAAUCUUGUCCUUAAGAACAGCAAACUUCACGGGAAUCAAUGGGGUUUAGAAGUUAAGUCUGCUACGUGUGAUGUUACGGGUUGUCAAAUUUAUGAUAACAAGAAAAUCGGCGUAGCUGUUGAGAACGGAAAGAUACAGCUCACACGCAAUGAAAUAUUUCACAAUGACCGGCACGGGAUUUUUCUUUGUAAAAAUUCAUCCGCAGUUAUAAAAGAAAAUGAUAUCUUUGAGAACGGUUGGCAGGGGAUUGAAAAAACUAGUGAUGCUUGGUGCCGUAUUUCUCGAAAUAAAAUAUAUCAAAACAAAUGUGGUGGUAUUCAUGUUGUACCGAUUACAAAGGCCCCAGGUCAUCAACAAUCUAUUGUUGAAUUCAACGAGAUUUUUGGCAACCAAGGACCUGGUAUUGACGAAGCGAAUUCAAAUAAUGAUGAAAUUGGUAGUGUAAUUCCGAGUCUUGAUGCCUUGUUCGCAAGCGAAGAGAAUUUUAUAAAAGCAAAAUGCAAUGAUAAUAAAUUAAAAAAUAACGUAGAAAUAGAAAGUGGGCCACCUUUGCAAGAUGUUUCUGAAAUUUGUUUCUUCUGUCACAAACAAGGCCAAUUAAAGAAAUGUACUAGAUGUUUUACCGCAAAAUACUGCAAUCGAGAAUGCCAAAGGAGUGACUGGAAAAGGCAUAAGAACAAUUGUGCUCGGCUUUUAAAGAAAUACAGCGUUUUGGUAAAGGUUCUUCCAUUGUCAUCCUGUUUAAUUGGUGAUAAAAAAGUUUUAAAGGGAGUUGAAAUAAAGGCGCCAUUUUCUUGGCUUGAACCAAGUGGUCCGCAAUACGCAGAAGCCCCCAAACCUGGUAAACUGUUUAUUGUAAAAAUACAAGCCGCUGAUAGUUGGAGGAGAUCGAAUGAGGGAGGCACCCGUCUUGCUAUAGAAGAUCGUAGCCUGACAAUUAACGGAGAUCUUGAUGUCCAUGAACAUUCAGGUCGUAUUUAUCAUAUUGUAAGAGAGUGUGGCUCGAACUGUAACAGUUAUGGUUGGAAGAAAAUAUUUUUUGGGGCUCUGCUGGCAAAAAACAAAAUGGUUCGAGUUUUUGUUAGCAAUUUUCCAGGUUAUCAACGUUGGUAA